UUAACUCGGCUGUUAACUCGUAUGUUGAUACGACUACUAGUGUUACGCAAACUAUAUUUGUUUAUAAUCGGUUAUCAGAUAUGAGUAGUAACGAUGACUACGUGUGUACGCUGAGCUCGGAUCUUUUGGAGAAAGCCAAGCGAGAACUGAACGAAAACCCGGCUACCCGUCAACAGAAGUUGGCGGACCUACGAUCGAUGUUCACAGAGAGACCGGAUAUUAAAUUCCGGUUAGACGACUCUUUCUUAAUACGUUUCUUACGAGUACGUAAAUUUGAUGUCAGACGUGCUUUCAAGACAUUAGUGCAUUAUUAUGAAGUACGUUCCCAGUAUAAGGAUAUCUUCAGCGAUUUCACCCCAUCCACUGUAUUAGAAAUAUUGGAAGACCAAGUUCAUUUGUUAUUGCCAAGUAGAGACAAGGAUGGACGUCGAAUAUUCAUCGUAAAACCGGGACGAUGGGACCCAAGCAGGUAUACAAUAACAGCAUGUUUCAAGGCUACUCUACUUUUAAUAGAGAUGCUUACUGAAGACGAAGAAACACAAGUUAAUGGCGUUGUACUUAUCGCUGAUUAUUCAGGAAUGACCAUGAACCAUGUAAAACACAUGAAUCCCGUUAUAACACGGAAAAUGGCCGAUACAAUUCAGAAUGCCAUGCCUCUGCGGUUGAAGGCUUUCCAUUAUGUUAACCAGCCGAAAAUAUUUGACGUCAUAUUCGGACUUUUUAGGCCCUUCCUCAGUGAAAAGAUGAUCAAAAGGUUACAUUUCCAUGGCAACGAAUUUGACACUCUACACCAAUAUAUACCAUCAUCGAUUCUGCCGACGGAAUACGGCGGCGUGCUUCAAAAUGCAACAAACAGAGAGUGGAUCGAUCAGUUGGUGGCAAAAGAAGUGGAAUUUGCAGAAAAUAAUAAAUACGGAUUUCCGAAAUCCAAAGAAGCGCUGGGAGGUGGUAAAAGUGGCGAAGACCCCGCUGGCGGAUUAGUGGGAACAUUUAAAUCGUUAAACGUCGACUAAUGUUUAUCCUUGUUCUAUUCUGUUUUUUCCCAAAGGACAUAAGGUGCUUAUGAAGAUUUUUUUCACACUCAUAUUUGUCUGUGAUUCCC